AGAAGAGCUCUCAAAACUAAAUAGGACGCCGCACAAAGCAGAAGUGGAUUUUCUGGGAAUACAUUUCAUCCCAGGAUGACGACAGAACCAAAGAAAACUACAGCUCAGAACCUUCAGGAGAAUGCAGGACUUCUGAUCGUGAAGAUAGAAGAGGAAGAUUUCGUCUGGAGGCAGGACACUUGCUGCCAGAGAAGCGAUGCCCUCAGGCAGGAGCUCUGCCGACAGCUUUUCAGGCAGUUCUGCUACCAGGAUUCCCCUGGACCCCGUGAGGCCCUGAGCCGGCUCCGGGAGCUCUGCCAUCAGUGGCUGCGGCCCGAGACGCACAGCAAGGAGCAGAUCCUGGAGCUGCUGGUGCUGGAGCAGUUCCUGACCAUCCUGCCCGCCGAGCUCCAGGCCUGGGUGAGAGAGCACCGCCCAGAGAGUGGGGAGGAGGCAGUGACAGUACUGGAAGAUCUCGAGAGAGGCGCUGAUGACUCAGUAGUCCAGGUUCCAGUCCUUGCACAUGGGCAAGAAAUAUUCAGGGGAAAGGUGGUGCCUCCUGGACCGGCACUCAGUGCCCAGUUUCAGCCAGUGGACCCCAAGUCCCUUCAUGAUUCUUCAGCAUCCCUUGUGCUGGACUAUGAUAAUCAGAGUGAAAACAGUGGAUCCAUGCCAAAGUUGAACAUUUAUGAAAAAAUGGAAUCACAGAGAAUUCUAUCAGGAAGAAUUUCAGAAUUCGUGUCAGAAGGAUCUGCUGAGCCUCAAGACAUCUGCAAGUCUACAGACAGGUUAAAGAGGCAAUGGGAAAAAGAAUCAGGGGGGUCUCAGAGACCAUCAUCUGCUCAGGAUGGAAGUUUUAGUAAAAUCCUUACCCACAAAAAUACACUUACAGGUGAAAUAAGCCAUGAUGGAUGUGACAGAAGCUUAAACCUGAAUUCAAGUGAAUUUACACACCAGAAAUCUCAUAAACAUAGUACCUAUGACCAAAGUUUCAAAUGGAAUUCAGAUUUUAUUAAGCAUCAAAGAAUUUAUGCUGGAGAAAAAAUUCACCAAUAUGGAAAAUCUCUCAAAAGCCCAAACCUUAUUAAACAUGCAGCAAUUUUUAGUGGGGAGAAAACCCACCAGUGUAAUGAAUGUGGGAAAGCUUUCAGACACAGCUCAAAGCUUAUUAGGCAUCAGAGAAUCCACACUGGAGAGAGGCCCUAUGAAUGUAAUGAGUGUGGGAAAGGCUUUGGGGGCAGCUCAGAUCUUAUUAGGCACCAGAGAAUUCACACUGGGGAAAGACCCUUCGAAUGCAAAGAAUGUGGACGAGCAUUCAGCCUGAACUCACAUCUCAUCCUGCAUCAGAGAAUUCACACCAGAGAGAAACCCUAUGAAUGUAGUGAAUGUGGGAAAACCUUCAGAGUGAGCUCACACCUCAUUCGACACCUGAGAAUCCACACUGGAGAGAAACCCUAUGAAUGCAGUGAGUGUGGGAGAGCCUUCAGUCAGAGUUCACACCUUCGUCAACACCAAAGAAUUCACAAGAGGGAAAACCUGAUAAUGUAAAGAACUUAAAUUUUUAUGGAAGUGCUAAAGAAAGAGCAAAACAUGAAAAACGUUGAAUAAAAAAUAUUGAGUGAGACAAA